AUGGAUGCCUCCGCGCUCUUCGACAGUCUUUCCCAGGCGGAGGCUUAUCCUAUUGCGCCGUCAGAUGCCUUCGAUGCUCGCUACGCAUUGUUGCCUCCUCCGCCACCCAUCUACCUCUCCAGUCUCACUCCUGCUGGCCAGCGAGGCCGGCUGCCCGACUUUGACUCGACCCCCUUCCCAGCAGUAGCAGCGAGAGCUUGGGCCCGACGGAUGUUCUUCUUCAACCUCGAGCGAGCGUGGCCACACCUAUAUUUCACGACCGCCUGCAUUGCCUUGCUCGUCCUCAUCGUCGGAGCCAUCUGGGCAAGAAGAAUAUGGGAAAGAAGCUGGUGGCUGCUGAGGGUCGUCAAGAAACCCAAUGGAACCUUGAUCGUGCCAAAUAGUCUCAUCACAUACACUACAUGCACCGGUGCCUUUGGCGUCCUACUGAUUGCUUGGAUUUGGGAACUGUACGAAUGGAACAUGAAAGGUCAAAGGCCAGCAUUGUGGGUGCCUUGGAUCCUUCUGGUGUGGACGCCUUUGUUUUCGGCCGUCCACCUGGCCAGUUGGGGACUCUUUCAUAGUCUGCCAAACGUCUUCACCACGUCAGCUUCCGGAGACGUGUCUGUCAAGCAUCGCAGCUGGGCGUUCAGGUGCAUGACCCGACCCGCCACCCUGAACUUCUUGGGAGGCAUAUUACCAUUCUUUCAGGCGCUGAGUGUCAUUGCACCUACCGUUGUUGCGCACGUCCAGUACAUGCGAGCUCUGAACGGGUACUAUCGAUGGGAAAGGGAUUACGCUGAUGCGACUCAAGUGAAUCAGCAAAUGCUACAAGAGGUUCAGCGCAUCUGGUACACCUUCCUGGACAGCGCAAAAGUUACGUCGAUUGUGUUCCUCAUCUGGACCAUCUGGGCCGUCAUGCUCUUUGUGGUUUGGUCUAUCCUCAAUUAUAGACUGAUGAACGUAAUUUCAGCCCAGCUCAAGCAUAUUCGUCAACUUGGCCGACGACAGGCCGAGCAAGCUGCCACAGUCCAAGCGCGCGAGCAAGCUACCAGUGUAGCUCCCGAGCAGCCGGCGGAUCGUGGCGCAGAUGAGGCUGGACAAGAUCAUGGCGGCCGAGGUGUCAUGUUCGGCAGCAAAGCAGACGACGUCAUCGAUAAAGAGUACGACGGAACCUUCAACAAGACAGAGUCGGACGCUCUAGCAAGUGACCACGGCGACGCAGCUUUGAACGGCAAAGAGGACUCAAUCUCGCCGGUCGGUAAUGGCGAUUCGGACGUCGAGAGGCAGCAUCGCUGGCGCACGAGAUUGCGGGGUGGGCUGCCGCCUUACAGCAGGCGCGGAAGUGCUCUCCUACCCAAUGCACGGGGUGAAAGCGAGGAAGAUGAAAAUUUCACCGCGGCACAAAUCGCUGCCGAUGAGCCCACGACCACCUUCUUCCCGCCCGUGCGGCCGUCGCGCAUUGUCAGGCGGCAGGCCCCUCGCGUUCACGGUCGCACUUCGCAAGGCAACACCAAAGCGCAGCGGUAUUUGCGCUCGGUCCUCAUUCAUGUGGCCAUCCAAGCUGUUGCAGUAACACCAGCCAUCCUUGGCUUUGCAUCCCUUGCGUGCUGGCUUUGCGUGCAGACGUAUAAUUCCUUCGAGAAUGCCGACUUGCACUUUGAUCGCACAGCGAGUACCGCUCUGAUAUGGAUGGCGUGGAUGGCGAACAUCGGCGGCACCAUCACUCUCGUCGCGAUCGCACAAAGGACCUAUGAGCCUGUCCUCCACUUUGGGUUGGCGCACGCUGGUGGCUCUGGCUCGCAUUCUUCUGGUGCCAAGCGCCAAGCUGCAAAGUCCUUGGAAGGCAGCAAGGGAAGCAAGGGUCGUCGAAUGAGGAACGGCAGACCGAUCAGUAGGAUUAUCAACGCGGGCUCUCGCUCCAACGAGAAUGACGAUGCGCCUGCCGACAACGGUUACGGCGUCACUUACACAACGUUCUUUGAGUCUGAAACCAUUCAGCGUCCCGCCAAAUCCUUUCCACACGGCGGCUCCGAUCUUCGACGCAAUGAAAGCUCAGUUGCAGCGAAGUGA